AUGCAGCGAUCACCACCUAAGUGUCCAUCAAAUCCCGAUCUAUCAACAUAUGAUAAUGAAGCCAAUAUAAAUACGCGAAAGCGUAAACAAUUUGACGGGUUUCAAACAAGUAAUUUGGAUGAGAAACUUAGCGAGAUGGUGACCUCCUCGGUACAAACUGUAAUGACCGCCGAAGUAAACAAAAUUUUAUCUGCAAUAUCGGGACUGAGUAAGGAUAACGCCAGCAUCAAGGAAUCCCUAAAAGAGUGUAAUACCAGACUCGGGGAUAUUGAUAAAUCUCUAAACGCUAUGGAUGAGCGCCGGGAUUCCUUUGAUGGGCGUCUGAAAAUUUUAGAAGAGUACGUUGGCGAUUAUCCUUCUAGCUCUGAAAAAAUAAUAAUGCUGGAAAAUAAAUUGGCACUGAUGGAACAACAGGCGCGAGAAAACAACAUCGAAAUUUGUAACGUGCCUGAAAAGCGAGGAGAAAAUUUGAUAACUAUUUUCACUCAUCUGGGAGGUAUAAUAAAUUAUAAAAUUAGUCCAACGGAUAUAACAUCUUUACAUCGAGUGCCCCAUGCCAACACAAAGGACUCUAGACCUAAAAAUAUUAUAGUAAAAUUCGCCUCCAGAAUGACUCGUGACAAUUUUAUUGCGGCCUUCCGCUCCAAAGAAGGAUAUUACUUCUGA